ACAAGAAAAAGAAGAAGAAGAACUUGUGCUCAGACUUGCAGCCCGCGUGUGGUUUGUUUUGGCGGUGCAGCGCGCUUCAUUGAUCCGCUGCUGGUAUGGAGGGGUCCGGGGAAGAGUUCCUCAAAUACCGCUCACCGCUGGUGUCCCGGUACGCCAGCAAAGAGAUGGCUUACAACUUCAGUGACAGAAACAAAUUCACCACAUGGAGAAGACUGUGGCUUUACCUCGCUAAGGCCGAAAAGGAGCUGGGUCUCCCCAUAACUGACGCCCAGGUGAGCGAGAUGGAGUCUCACCUGGAGGACAUUGAUUUCGUCAUGGCUGCAGAGGAGGAGAGCAAGCUGAGGCAUGAUGUCAUGGCUCACGUGCACACGUUUGCUCACUGCUGUCCCACCGCUGCUCCCAUCAUCCACUUGGGCGCCACUUCCUGUUAUGUGGGAGACAAUACGGAUCUGAUCAUGCUGCGUGGUGGAUUUGACAUCCUGCUCCCCAAGCUGGCUCGUGUCAUAGACAGGCUGGCUCACUUUGCAGAGAAAUACGCAGACCUGCCCACUUUAGGCUUCACACAUUAUCAACCAGCUCAGCUGACUACAGUCGGGAAGCGUGCUUGUCUGUGGCUGCAGGAUCUGGUCAUGGACAUGCGCAAUCUUGAGCGUGCAAGAGAGGACCUGCGCUUUCGGGGCGUCAAAGGAACCACAGGCACUCAGGCCAGCUUCCUGCAGCUCUUCCAGGGAGAUCAUGAGAAGGUGGAGGAGUUGGAUAGGAAGGUCACCGAGAUGGCUGGUUUUAAAAAAUCAUACCUGGUGACGGGUCAGACGUACAGUCGUAAGGUGGAUAUCGACACACUCUGUGUGCUGGCAAGCCUCGGAGCCACAGUACACAAGAUUUGCACUGAUAUCCGUCUGUUGGCUAAUCUGAAAGAGAUCGAGGAGCCGUUUGAGAAAGAGCAGAUUGGUUCCAGUGCCAUGCCGUACAAGAGGAACCCCAUGCGUGCCGAGCGCUGCUGUAGUCUUGCUCGUCACCUGAUGGUGCUGGUGUCGGACCCUCUGCAGACAGCAGCAGUGCAGUGGUUGGAAAGGACCCUGGACGACAGCGCUAACAGGAGGAUCUCAUUGCCCGAGUCCUUCCUCACAGCGGACAUCAUCCUCAGCACUCUGCAGAACAUCACUGAAGGGCUGGUGGUGUAUCCUAAGGUGAUUGAGAGACAUAUCCGUCAUGAGCUGCCUUUCAUGGCUACUGAAAACAUCAUCAUGGCCAUGGUGAAGGCUGGAGGAAACAGACAGGACUGCCACGAGAAGAUUCGGGUGCUGUCCCAGCAAGCCGCGACCGUAGUCAAACAGGAAGGGGGGGAUAAUGACCUACUGAAUCGCGUUCAGGCUGAUCCAUAUUUCACCCCCAUACUCGGACAGCUGGACGCCUUACUGGACCCCAAAACCUUUGUUGGCCGAGCCCCACAACAGGUUACCAGGUUUUUGUCUGAGGAGGUCAGGCCUGUUCUAGAGCCAUACAGAAGUAAUCUGGAUGUCAAGAUUGAACUAGAGCUCUGAGACAAACAUAUGUGACACAUCAGAACAGUAUAACAGUAAAUAAAUGUCAAGGUGUUCAA